AAAAAUAUUGGAUAGUUUUGACAUCUUUGGAAUUAUUUUUUUUAAAGUAUACAUUCCCCAAGAAAGUAUUCAAAAUUGAGUGUUUUCUCUCUCUCUCUCAAUAUGCCCUGCAGACUUCUAGGAAAAGUUGCUGGGAGAUCUUUGGCACCCAAAUACCACGCUGUGUCCUGACAAUGGCCCUCAACAUGAUGUCUAGUUAUGUGCUUUUGGUAGCAGCGGUGCUGCUGUCUUCCCAGGCACUGGUACUCAAUGUAACAACAGACCAAGUGGAAGUAGGGAAAACAAGAAAUGUUUCCCUAGAAUGUCUCGACAACUUCCCCCAGCCAGAUAAUUCUGAGGUUGUAAUGAUAAGAGUGCUGAAAAAAGACCAUGCUGGGUGGAACAGUUUUGCAGAGAUCCGCGAUUGCGACACGGAAGUACGGCCAAAACGUAAGGGUGUGCUCGCUGUGGCCAACAAGACCCUCACUGUAAACAGCUUUCUGCGGAUCACGUGGCCCGUGGCGACUGACGAUACCAUAGGCACAUUCAGGUGUGACGUAAUUAGCCUGACGUCCUGGGAGGGUGUCAACUGGCAAAAGAGCCUACCCACGUUCAUAUUCCGUAAGAGUGACGUCACACUGCAGAUCCUUAGCAGCAUUGUGGAGGAGAACAAGAACGAUUACCUCCAGCGACUGCGCUCUCAGAGGGAAACCAUUCUGGAGCACGUGACAACCACGGCAGAAGAAGGCAAGAGACAGUGUGCGCAGCAAAAAGAGAACCUUCUACAAAACGUCACCGCGACCGUCGAGUCUCUGCGAGAGAGUUUUGAGAGCAAGUGGAAGAGCCAGCUACAGGUCCUGAGCCACACAGUAGACCUGAAGAAGAGGGAGUGUCCACAUCAGAUGCUGUCCCAGAAACGCCAGAUUUUGGAAAAUGUGGAGACGAUCAUGGAGCAGAACAAACUAGCGUCUGUACAACUGGAAGGACGCAUUCUUGGCAACGUCACUGCGACUUUUGAACAAAAUAGACGGGAGUUUGUACAACUGGAAGAACGCAUUCUUGGCAACGUCACAGCGACUUUUGAACAAAAUGAAAUGAAGUUAUCACAACUGGAAGAACGCAUUCUCGGUAAUGUCACAGCGACUUUUGAGCAAAAUGAAAUGAAGUUUGUACAACUGGAAGAACGCAUUCUCAGCAACGUCACGGCGAUGAUUGAGGCACUUAAAGCGGGUUAUGAGCACAAGCCCAAUACGUGUGCUGACGUCACGAUUCAAGCGCCCCGGCCCGUGGUCACCCUUUCUAAUGGCAUGCAAGUCGUCUGUGACACUGAGACAGACAACGGAGGCUGGAUCGUGGUCCAGAGGCGUACCUCGGCCGACGUGGACUUUUUCCGGGGCUGGGUGGACUACAAAAAAGGGUUCGGUGACCUCUCUGGAAACUUCUGGUUUGGGCUGGAGAAAAUCCACCUGCUGACAUAUAAGGAGAGGUACGAGCUGCGGGUUGACUUUACGUACAAUGGGACAAACUACUACGCCAUUUACAAAAACUUUUUGUUGCUUGGAGAAUCCGAGAAUUACAAAAUUAAGAUCUCCGGAUAUUCAGGUAAUGCAGGGGACCAAAUGAGUUAUCACAAUGGCCAGGCGUUCAGUACGAAGGACCGUGAAUACAGUCCUUCCAACUGUGCCAGUAUACGUCAUGGAGCUUGGUGGUACAACCAGUGCGCGUACGUGAACCUCAACGGGGCGUGGGCCACAGAGGAGUACGCUAAGGGCGUGUUUUGGGUCCGUGUAACAGGAUAUGCCAAUUCUGCCACCUUCAGUGAAAUGAAAAUACGACCACUGGCAAAAUGACAGCUUUAUGACGGCGAAUACUCGGUGUUCUGAUUAUGUACGAAGCUUGUGUGUCCAUAUAUUAUUUUGUUCGAAA